AGACGGAACCAUACCUCCCCAUCCUCCUUAAGCUCCCAUCUCAAGCCCCUCGGCCAAAAGCUCCGACGAAACAUACCACAAUGUCCACCUCGACCUCCAGAUCUCGUGCGAACCCACAGACACCAGCUGCCAACAUGUCUCGAUGCUUUUUGGGCCCAGCCGGACGAGAGAAUGGCGCGUUCAACCAUUUAUCGCUUACAGGAGAGCAGCUCCUAUAUCUGAUGCAGGAGCACUUGAAUCAUCUUGCUGACUAUAUCGGUGGUUUGCAUCCGGAUGUCCAGGCCUGGUAUGACCUGCUUUUGUCUCUUGCAGAAAAAGGUCUUUUCAGCUGCAAAUUGUUAAUCCCUCCAAGCUAUUUCCCCGAGAACAAGCGCGAAAUACACCCCUCAGUUCAAGAGUGGCUGAGAGGCAAUCUUAAAGCUCUGAAAAGCAAGAAUCAGAGAAAAAGAACAGUGGCGGAUGACGAAAAACUCCUCCACGAAUUCCAUGACAUUUUCAAUAGAGUGUUCUUUAAGGGAGCUCUCCCUUGGGAGAAAUGCACUUUGAGGUUCAUUCGAAAAGAAGAUGCCAGUGGGUGGGUAAAGCUAUUUUGCGAAUUCUACGACUUCGCGAUGAAGCUACUAAAUAUCCAAUUUAUUUUGGGAAUAUCCGACAGCGUGGCCACAGAGAUUUACGAAAGCGGAAAGCAGCAGCGCCAAAUUAACUGGCCUUCUUGGGAAGAGUUGGGCCUGGUCGAAUCGAAAAUGAUACGGGCUGUGGAGAGGUACAAGAAGGAGAAGGAGGAGGAGGAGGAGGAUUCUUCCAAGAGCGAAGGGACUUCCUCAAAACGCAACGAAGAAUCUGCUGGAGGCCCGAGAAUGGGAUGA